UCACUUGGUUGGACGUCACACCACAUCCCACCAGCCGCUGGACUGUGGUGUCCAGUGCACGUCUGGCCGCCAUGGGGGCCCUGGAGCCCGCCUGGCACCUUCUGUUCCUUCCUGUCCUUCUGACUGUGGCAGGAUUCAGUCCCGUCCAGGCCCAGAGUGAUUGCAACUGCUCUCCCGUGAGCCCGGGUGUGCUGGCUGGGAUCGUGCUGGGUGACUUGGUGCUGACGUUGCUCAUCGCCCUGGCUGUCUACGCUCUGGGCCGCCUGAUCCCUCGAGGCCGAGGGGCUGCAGAGGGGACCCGGAAACAGCGCAUUGCAGAGACGGAGUCACCUUAUCAGGAGCUUCAGGGCCAGAGGCCAGACGUCUACAGCGACCUCAACACACAGAGGCAGUACUACAGAUGAGCCCACACUAUGCCGACCAGCAACCUGAUGCCUGGAUCCAGCCAUUCCCAAUGCUUAUUCAACAUGCCCUCCCUGGGAUACAGAUCCACAGAGUGCUCCCCCUGAGAUGUCUGACCUCUCCCCACUUCUGUCCACAAAUAAAUGACGGAGCAAAAACCA